AGUCGCACCAAACACCAUUAUCGUACACAUACAUAUACACACAUCAUCAGCUACAUAUAUAACCAACACCACCAACAAUUAGGGUUUUUUUUUUCCUCUCUAUAUUUCAACCCCCUUUUCCCCCAAAAUCAUCCAAUCGAUUCCCAAUUCAAUUCAAUCAAAAUCACACACAUCUAUCAAUCAGGCAACCUCAAUUUCCCAUAAAGUCAAUUCCUUUUUCAUUCAUUUUUUGUGUAUAUAUAUAAAAAAAACAAAUAAAAUGAAAAGAUAAUAAAAAUGAAUAAUAAUAUCUUCGAUCGUCGGUGAUCGUCGGAAAACCAAAAGGGGGUUUUAGUAUUUGUAUGGAAACUCGUAGCCGGAAAAGGGCAGAGGCUUCCUCAUCAGCCGCCCAGUCUACUCGGUCAGCCAAACGCACUCGUUUUUCGACUUCAAACGCUCCGGUAUUAUCGACUUCUUCUACUACUACUGCUACUACUCGAUCACGCGCUGCUUCUUUUAAUAUGGAUAAUAAUUUGAAUUCUGUUAUUGAAUCUUCCGGGUCCGGGUCGGGUCGUGGCCGUAGGUCUAGAAAGAAUAAUAGUACUUCUAAUAAUCAGAAUCUUGAAAAUCCGGAUAAUAAAGGGAAAGAAAAAGAACAUGAAGUUAGAGAUAGAGAUGAUAAUAAUAAUUUGGGAUUGAAUAUUGAUGGUGAUCAUUCUCAUCAUCAUCAUCAUGAUGACGAUGAUGACGAUGAUGACGACGAUAGUGAAGGCGGAAAUGUCGGGAUAUUGCAUCAGAAUUUGACGUCUGCGAGUAGUGCACUGCAAGGUUUGUUAAGGAAGUUGGGUGCAGGAUUGGAUGAUUUGUUGCCGUCAUCUGCAAUGGGGUCUGCGUCGUCUUCACACCAGAGCGGGAGGUUGAAGAAGAUAUUGUCGGGUUUGAGGGCGGAUGGUGAAGAAGGGAAGCAAGUUGAGGCGUUGACGCAGUUAUGUGAUAUGCUUUCUAUUGGUACUGAGGAUUCGUUGAGUACGUUUUCGGUGGAUUCUUUUGUUCCUGUGCUUGUUGGGUUGCUUAAUCACGAGAGUAAUCCAGAUAUUAUGUUGCUUGCUGCUAGAGGGAUAACGCAUCUUUGUGAUGUGUUGCCGUCUUCUUGUGCUGCUGUUGUGCAUUAUGGUGCCGUUUCUUGCUUUGUUGCUAGGUUGCUUACUAUCGAGUAUAUGGACUUGGCUGAACAGUCAUUGCAAGCUUUGAAGAAGAUAUCUCAGGAGCACCCGACUGCUUGCUUGCGCGCAGGGGCACUAAUGGCAGUGCUCUCUUAUCUUGACUUCUUUUCAACAGGAGUCCAGCGUGUGGCGUUAUCUACUGCUGCAAACAUGUGCAAAAAGCUUCCAUCUGAUGCAGCUGAUUUUGUCAUGGAAGCCGUUCCUUUAUUGACCAAUCUUCUUCAGUACCAUGAUGCUAAGGUUUUGGAACAUGCUUCAGUUUGCUUGACUAGAAUUGCGGAAGCUUUUGCAGCAUCUCCCGAUCAGCUGGACGAGCUUUGUGUCCAUGGAUUGGUUAAACAAGCAGCCACUCUCAUUUCAACCAGCAGUUCUGGAGGUGGACAAGCUUCUCUUAGUACAUCUACAUACACGGGAUUGAUACGAUUGCUGUCUACAUGUGCUAGUGGUUCUCCCUUGGGAUCUAAGACUUUGCUCCAUUUAGGGAUUAGUGGGAUUCUCAAAGAUAUAUUAUCGGGUUCUGGUCUUGUUGCAACAAUGUCUGUCUCGCCUGCCUUGAGUAGACCUCCUGAACAGAUUUUUGAGAUUGUGAAUUUGGCAAAUGAGCUUCUUCCUCCAUUACCUAAUGGAACCAUAACUCUUCCUACCAGUAAUGUAUUUGUCAAAGGCUCUCUCUUGAAGAAGUCCCCCACUGGUAGUUCUAGCAAGCAAGAAGAAUCGAGUGGCGGUGCACCUGAUGUUUCAGCUCGUGAGAAGUUGCUGACUGAUCAGCCCGAGCUUCUGCAGCAAUUUGGGAUGGACCUUCUUCCUGUUCUGAUUCAGAUAUAUGGGUCAAGUGUAAAUGCACCUGUGCGUCACAAAUGUCUUUCGGUUAUUGGGAAGUUGAUGUACUUUAGCACAGCUGAUAUGAUUCAAUCUCUACUUGGUGUUGCCAACAUAUCAAGUUUUUUGGCUGGGGUUUUGGCAUGGAAGGACCCUCAAGUGUUGGUUCCUUCGCUUCAAAUCGCGGAGAUACUAAUGGAGAAACUUCCAGAAACUUUUAGUAAAAUGUUUGUUAGAGAAGGCGUUGUUCAUGCAAUAGAUACACUUUCCGUGUCAUCAUCUGGUAAUGCUCUUUCCCCACCAUUAUCAAGUGAGAAGGUAAAUGAUUCUAUUCCUGGAUCCUCGACACGCUCGAGGCGUUAUCGACACCGCAUUGGUACCUCUAGUACAGAUGUAAAUGCUGCUGAAGAUUUCAAGAACACAGGCCCCCCUGCAAACUCUGUAGAGUUGCCAGCUGUCAGUUCCAGUCUCCGAACGGCGGUUAGUACUAGUGCAAAGGCUUUCAAAGACAAAUACUUUCCUUCCGAUCCUGGAGCUCCGGAAGUUGGGGUUACGGAUGAUCUUUUACAUUUGAAAAAUCUCUGUAAGAAGUUGGGUUCUGCUGUGGAUGAUCAGAAGAUGAAAUCUAAAGGAAAAUCAAAAGUUUCUGGCCCGCGGUUCACUGAUUUUUCGCCUGGAAAGGAAGAAAGUUUAUUAGGAGUGAUAACCGAGAUGCUUUCAGAGCUAACAAAAGAUGAUGGUGUUUCAACGUUUGAAUUUAUUGGUAGUGGCGUUGUUGCUGCUUUACUGAACUACUUCUCUUGUGGACACUUUUCGAAAGAAAAGGUAUCAGAAGCGAAUAUGCCCAAGUUACGACAACUAGCUAUUAAACGAUACACGUCGUUCAUAGAAGUUGCUCUUCCGUUGAGUGUUAAUGAGGGUAAACAAGCUCCUAUGAGCAUUUUAGUUCAGAAGCUCCAAUAUGCUUUAACAUCUUUAGAGCGUUUUCCAGUGGUGUUGAGUCACAGUGCUAGAUCAUCUACUGGAAAUGCACGCUUGUCAUCUGGUCUUGGUGCAUUAUCUCAGCCAUUUAAGUUGCGGCUUUGCAGAGCACAUGGUGAAAAGACUCUUCGUGAUUAUUCUUCAAAUGUUGUCCUUAUUGAUCCUUUAGCCAGCUUGGCAGCUGUGGAGGACUUUCUAUGGCCACGUGUUCAACGUAGCGAGUCUAGUCAAAAGCCUUCUGGAUAUGUUGGGAACUUGGAGUCUGGAACCACACCUGCAGGGGCUGGGGCUUCGUCUCCAGCUACUCCUGCGGCUGCAACAAGACAUCACUCCACUAGAUCCAAGUCAGCAAUUAGUAUAGGGGACUCGGCCAAAAAGGAGACACCACAAGAGAAGAAUGCAAGCUCUUCUAAGGGGAAGGGGAAAGCUGUAUUGAAGUCUGGUCAGGAUGAGGGGAGAGGUGGACCACAGACAAGAAAUGCUGCUAGGAGAAAGGCUGCUCUGGAUAAAGAUGCACAGAUGAAGUCUGCAGAUGCCGAGUCUACUUCUGAGGAUGAGGACUUUGAUAUAUCACCCGUGGAGAUUGAUGAUGCCUUGGUGAUUGAAGAUGAUGACAUAUCUGAGGACGAUGAUGAAGAUCAUGAAGAUGUACUAGGAGAUGAUUCACUUCCCGUUUGCACGCCAGACAAAGUUCAUGAUGUUAAAUUGGGUGACUCAACUGAGGAAAGGCCUGUUGAUAGCCAGACAAAUCCUGCUUCAGGCUCUAGUAGCAGAGGUACUGCCAAUCGUGGCUCAGACUCCACAGAAUUCAGAGCUGCAAAUUCUUCUGGUUCAAGGGGUGCUAUGUCAUUUGCUGCUGCUGCCAUGGCUGGGCUUGCAUCCGCCAAUGGUAGAGGUAUCAGGGGCGGCAGAGACCGUCAUGGGCGGCCUCUUUUUGGCUCCAAUGAUUCUCCCAGGCUCAUAUUUUCUUCAGGGGGGAAGCAACUUAACCGUCAUUUGACCAUCUAUCAAGCCAUUCAAAGGCAACUUGUUCUUGAUGAGGAUGAUGAUGAGAGGUAUAACGGAAGUGAUUUUGUAUCUAGCGAUGGAAGUAGGUUAUGGGGUGAUAUAUAUACCGUCACAUACCAAAGAGCAGACAGCGAAACAGCUGGAAACGUGAGUUCUACAACCCCAUCUAAAUCCACUACUAAAGCGGGGUCCACCUCAAACUCCAAUAGUGAUUCACGGUUCCAUCAAAUGUCUCUUCUAGAUAGUCUUUUACAAGGGGAGCUUCCUUGUGAUAUGGAAAGGAAUAACCCUACAUACAACAUAUUGUCUCUAUUACGUGUAUUAGAGGGUUUAAACCAGCUGGCACCACGCUUACGUGUCCAGUCAGCAAUUGACAGUUUUGCUGAAGGGAAAAUCUCAAGCCUAGAUGAUCUGAAAGUUACUGGUGUUAGGGUUCCAUCUGAUGAGUUUAUCAAUAGCAAAUUAACUCCAAAGUUGUCUAGACAAAUUCAAGAUGCUCUUGCACUUUGCAGUGGUAGUCUUCCUUCAUGGUGUUAUCAGCUGACAAAAGCAUGCCCGUUUUUGUUUCCCUUUGAGAUUAGGCGUCAGUAUUUUUAUUCAACUGCUUUUGGUUUAUCUCGUGCAUUGCAUCGUCUUCAACAGCAGCAGGGUGCGGAUGGCCAUGGGUCUAUGAAUGAGAGGGAAUUUAGGGUCGGAAGGCUACAACGCCAGAAAGUUCGUGUCUCCCGAAAUCGUAUUUUGGAUUCUGCUGCAAAAGUCAUGGAAAUGUAUUCAAGUCAAAAGGCAGUUCUUGAAGUAGAAUAUUUUGGUGAAGUUGGCACUGGUUUGGGCCCUACAUUGGAGUUCUAUACCCUAUUAAGUCAUGACCUUCAGAAAGCAGGAAUGAAAAUGUGGAGAUCUAAUUUGUCUGAUGAUAAAACAGCUGGCAAGGGUAGUGGUGACCUUAUAUUGGCACCUCUUGGGUUGUUCCCGCGCCCAUGGCCUCUUACCGCUGAUACAUCUGAUGGUGGCUCAUUUUUCAAGGUAACUGAGCAUUUUCGUCUUCUUGGUCGUGUAAUGGCCAAAGCACUUCAAGAUGGGCGGCUUUUGGAUCUGCCCCUUUCAGGGGCGUUUUAUAAGCUUGUGCUUGGACAGGAACUUGAUCUGCAUGACAUUUCAUUGUUUGAUGCUGAAUUUGGUAAGACGUUACAAGAAUUGCAAGCUCUUGUUAGCCGGAAACACUUCCUAGAGUCUAUACAUGACCGAAAUGAAAUACCGAACUUAAGGUUUAGGGGGGCACCAAUUGAAGAUCUUUGCUUGGACUUCACACUUCCUGGCUAUCCCGAUUUCGUUCUCAAAACUGGCGAUGACAAUGUUGAUCUAAACAACUUGGAGGAGUACAUUUCUCUGGUAGUUGCUGCUACUGUUAAGACUGGUGUAACACGCCAAAUGGAAGCAUUUAGAGCCGGGUUUAAUCAGGUGUUUGACAUUUCUUCUCUACAAAUAUUUUCUCCUAAUGAAUUGGAUUAUUUACUUUGCGGACGCGGAGAGUUGUGGGAGGCUGAUACACUUGUUGAACACAUCAAGUUUGAUCACGGAUACACUUCCAAGAGCCCCGCAGUAGUUAAUUUGCUUGAGAUAAUGGGAGAAUUCAACCCGGAACAACAGCGAGCAUUCUGUCAAUUUGUGACUGGUGCACCUCGCCUUCCUCCUGGUGGUUUGGCAGUUUUGAAUCCUAAGUUGACUAUUGUUAGAAAGCAUUCUUCAACUGCCACCAAUACGGCGUCCAAUGCAGCUGGAGUGUCGGAAUCUGCAGAUGAUGAUUUGCCAAGUGUCAUGACCUGUGCUAAUUACCUGAAGCUCCCUCCGUACUCCACAAAGGCGAUCAUGUACAAGAAGCUCCUUUAUGCUAUUAACGAAGGACAGGGAUCAUUUGAUUUGUCUUGAGUUUUCGUUAGAAACUAACCAAACUGUGUAUAUUGUAUCCAAGAAUAUUUUAUGAUUACUGGUGCAUAAUGGGGCUCAAUAAAGGUUUAUUUCCAUGCCUUACCCGAGUAUCAGCGAUGGCGUGGUUAUGGUUAAGUUAAAUGCGAAUAUGGAUCAGAAAUGAUUGAUCAUGGCUUGUUCAAGAAGGCGACAGAGCACAAAUGAAUUUGUCCCGCAGUUUUUUUUUACAAUGGUUUUGUAAAUAAAUAGUGAUACGUCGUAUAACUUCUGCUUACAACUCCAAUGGGUAGUUGACGUUUUGCAUGCAUCCGUCGUACAUUAUGUAGUUUGUCAUAUUUACUUCAAAUUUUUUGUUUAUUCAGCUUUUUGAAUUGUGUAUUUGGUUCUCGUUGUAGGCUCCUUGUAUUAAUUUGUUUUUGAAUCUUUCUUUUUUAAAGUGUAAUUCGUAAACUUGAAAUGAUGCCUUGAUAA